AUGGCGAAUCGCUAUUCUACCUACUCCAAUCCUACUGGUCCUGCUCCAGCUCAUCCGGGUCAGGUAUCAACAACUACCCUCCUUAACGCUCUACAUUCGUUCUAUACGACUGGCCACCCUUAUCAACUUGAUGCGGGGACCAGUCUCGUCGUCAAUACCUGGGUUACUGCAGAAGCCCCAGAUGGCACUAGCAGUGGAACCAUUGACCGUGACUUGGCUGUAAGAGCUUGGGAGCAUGCAAGAAGAAGAGCAGAGGAUGGAUGCAUUGUUCUAUGCUCCACUCAUCAUUCCACGCCAUCCUUAUUAGCACCUUUCCUCUCUGCCCUGCCUCUGCCAACUCCGAGGGCUGCUUUCUCUGCGCUAUCUGUUCUGCGUCCUUUCCUUUCUGCUGUCACGGGCUUUAACCCUAGCUACUCUCUCUAUUCAGCUCUCGCAGCCUCCUACACCUUUACAUUACACGGUAAUGUCGUUGGCCUAACCUUCGCUUUGUCCACCUCUGGAAUCAACGUCCGUAAAGGUCUCCUGGACAUCCCUCAUGAAAAGGGAUACCGUGCAUUCGACGUGUUCUAUUAUCUCCUGACCUCUGCCUCAACGCCUGCCGAGCGGCAAUUCCUCGAUCUGAAAGACAUUUCGCAUUAUGCCUUACUUAACAAAUCCGGCACCUUUACCCCUCCAUCGUAUCUUCCAGCUGCGGAUGAUGACGCAGCUGCCGAGGAUUUCAGGAAUUCCCUCAAGGCCAUCGGCAUCAAGGGUGCCGCCCAGCGGAGUCUAUUAUCCGUCCUAGCCGGUCUUUUAAAACUAGGCAACGCCACGGGCUUCUUAGUCGACCAGGAAGAUCUUGAGGAGGUUUGUGAAGAUGUUGGAGGUCUGCUUGGACUGGACCCGGAGAUACUACUCCAGAAAUGUUCCACAGAUGAUCGGGAGGUGUUGAUCGCAGGUGUCUAUGAGGCACUGGUCGAUUGGGUCAUAACCAAAGCCAACGAGGCGAUCUCCAGCGAGAUUCAGAACAGCUCAGAGGACGGAUCCAAUAACGGUGGCCAGCAGUGGUCGAAUGAUGAUACUGUAAGCCUUACCGUCAUCGAUAUCCCCAAACCGGCCCUCGGAAAGGCCGUGGCAAUGAGAAGCAUCUUCGAUGACAGCCUGGGCAUCAACGCUGAGAUGGCGGAGGAUGGAGUGGAACUCUCACCGGUCGGCCAUUCCGUCAUGACUGAGAUGAAAGAUGCGGUUGCCCAAGUCGAGGCCGACCUAGGAGCCUCUGAGGGUCCUGCAUCCCGUGAGCGAGAUUACGAAAUAGACAAGAGGCAGGAGAUUCUUGAAAAAGUCGGAGUUGAGCUCGAAUCAGAUUCAUCCCUCCGCCAGAUCUUGUUUCCUGUUGAGAGUGAAGGUAUCGCUGUCGGUAGGAGGGGGCGUUUUGAUCUGGCAUCUACUUUAGAUAGCAGCAGAGCCUGGUAUCAUAUUUCGAUUCACCCGACAGACGAUUCUCCCGAGUCCCUCAGCCUGUCGUCCCCAGCUCUGGCAUGGUCUGCAGGGACCGUCUCCCGCCAACUGCGCGACUGGAGAUUCCCCGAGUGGGCAAACCGUCGUCUUCGCCGCCUUGACUUCACCGCCGAUUUUGACGUGGAGGAGUUUGUCAGUCGUUACUCCCGCCUGGGUUGCUCCGAAGGCAGAGACGGUGUCGAGAAUUGGAUUCUUGAAAGGGGGUGGAGCAACGGUGACGCGAUCCUUGGCCGUCAGCGCAUCUGGAUGAGAGAAAACGCUUGGUGGGAUGCCGAAACUAUGUUGGACCUUAAGCCUGAGGAGCAACCGACAAAUCCAUUUGCUGGCGGCAAUCCGUACGAAAGUACCUAUGCAGGAAAUGUCGAAACUCCCAUGGUCGAUUCAUCGAGUUUUAUGGGCAGCCGGGAUGAUCUCCUCAACCCGAAACAUGCGUCUAUGGCACCAAGUUAUGCUGGUAGAGCUAAGUCAAUUUCUCCAAGCGCGCGUCAAACUACUUCCAGCAUGCCAGGCGACUAUGGACUGGGCCCUGGCGAUUAUGGUUUGGGUCCGAAGGGGGAUACCAAAAAGGGGGCGUACUAUGAAGGUGGAUUUGGCCAAUAUAUCGGCGAACUUGACCCCGAAUUCGGCGAACCCAAGCACAUUGAGAAGAAGGAAAUCACCAAAGUUCGACGUGCUUGGGCGUCUUUUGUUUGGGCCUUGACAUUCUGGAUCCCGUCGCCUCUACUCCGUUACGUUGGCCGCAUGAAGCGCCCGGACGUGCGGAUGGCUUGGAGGGAGAAAAUUGUCAUCGUUUUCCUUAUCCUUCUUCUCAAUGCUUUCGUCUGCUUUUGGAUCAUUGCUCUCGAAGACGUGCUUUGCCCCGACAAGAACAAAGUGUGGAAUGAAAAGGAAGUCGGCUGGCAUGAAGGCGACAACGACUUCUAUGUCAGCAUUCAUGGUUAUGUUUACGACAUCAGCAAAUUCUGGAGACUCCAACACAGUGAUACUUCCAUCAAGACGACUUCUUCUAACAUGAAGCCAUUUGCUGGACAGGUCCUUGACGCCUACUUCCCUCCUCCACUUACUCAGGCAUGCCGGCCGUUUGUGACAGACCAGUCUAUUGCACUGCAGAACAACAACACAGAUGCUGUAGAGUAUCCGCAAGCCUUACACAAUUGCGGUCCUCGGAAUCAACCCAACCCGAAUACUGCACUAAAUAAAAUUACAUGGUACCAGGACGUUUUUCAGCCGAAGAUCAAGGAGUACUAUAAGGGCCAUCUGGUCUGGACAAAGAAGACGAUUCAGAACCAAGCGAACAAUGACCAGCGAUAUUGGGUUAUCAUAAACGAUGGCGUAUACGACCUGACGAAUUACUUCUAUACACUGGACCAGAUGAACGAUAUAGACAGCUAUAACUUUCUGCCGAAAGGUGUAACGGAUCUGUUCAAGGACAACCCAGGUACCGAUAUCACCGACAAAUGGGAAAAUACAGUAGAGUUUCAAAAUGCUUUGAACUGCCUCAACAACGUCUUUUAUGUCGGAAAGGUUGACUUCCGACAGGGUGCCAGGUGCACGGCGAACAACUGGAUCCUUUUGGCUUUUACCGUUAUUAUCUGCAUCGUUAUCGUUGUGAAAUUUCUUGCGGCCCUACAGCUGGGAUCCAAACGCACACCCGUACCUCAGGACAAAUUCGUCGUGUGCCUCGUUCCAGCAUAUACAGAAGGCGAAGAUGCACUUCGAAAAGGCCUUGAUUCGCUGACUGCUCUUCAGUAUGAUAACAAGAGGAAGCUCAUCUGUGUUAUCUGUGACGGUGUUAUUGUAGGUGGUGGUAAUGAUCGCCCAACACCUAAGAUUGUCUUGGAUAUUCUUGGAGUAGAUCCCAAGAUUGAUCCCCCUGCAUUACCUUUCCUGUCCGUCGGACAAGGGAGUGACCAGUUGAACUAUGGAAAGGUCUACUCUGGCCUUUAUGAGUACGAGGGUAACGUCGUCCCGUAUAUCGUGGUCGUUAAAGUCGGGAAGGAGUCUGAGCAGUCCAAGUCUAAACCUGGAAACAGGGGUAAGCGUGACACACAAAUUCUCCUGCUUAGAUUCCUUAACCGGGUGCAUCAUCGUGCCCCAAUGUCACCACUCGAGCUGGAGAUGUUUCACCAGAUCAAUAAUAUCAUCGGCGUUGACCCUGAACUUUACGAAUACUGCUUCAUGGUGGAUGCCGAUACAAGUGUCAAAGAGGACUCCCUCAAUCGCUUGGUUGCAGCUUGUGCCAACGAUGCAAAGAUUGCUGGAAUUUGCGGUGAGACCAGUCUACAGAAUGAACAGAGGAGUUGGUGGACUAUGAUUCAGGUGUACGAAUACUACAUAUCUCACCACUUGGCCAAGGCAUUUGAAUCCCUUUUUGGCAGCGUCACCUGUCUUCCUGGAUGUUUCUGCAUGUACCGUCUUCGAACUGCGGACAAGGGUCGUCCCCUCAUCAUAUCAGAUAAGCUGAUUGAAGAAUAUUCCGACAACGACGUUGAUACUCUUCAUAAGAAGAACCUUCUCUCUUUGGGUGAGGACCGUUACUUGACAACUCUGAUGACAAAGCAUUUCCCAUCCAUGUCCUACAAGUUCAUCCCUGAUGCCUACGCAAGUACAGCUGCCCCAGAGACGUGGAGUGUCCUAAUGUCUCAGAGACGCCGCUGGAUUAACUCCACUGUUCAUAACCUUGUCGAAUUGUCUAGGUUGGAUGAUCUCUGUGGCUUCUGCUGCUUUGGUAUGCGCUUUGUUGUUCUGGUCGACCUCAUUGGAACUAUUGUUCUUCCUUCUACUUGUGUAUACCUGGUCUACUUGAUAUACCGGUGUAGCGCCCACGAUGGCCCAAUUCCCUAUAUCUCGCUUGCUAUUAUAGGUGGCGUUUAUGGCCUGCAGGCCGUUAUCUUCAUCGUUAAGCGGCAGUGGCAGCACGUUGGGUGGAUGAUCAUCUACCUCUGUGGCUUCGUGAUGUACAGUUUUAUUCUGCCACUGUAUUCGUUCUGGAAUAUGGAUGACUUCAGCUGGGGUAAUACUCGCGUUGUUAUCGGCGAGAAAGGAGACAAGCGCGUUGUGGCAGUUGAGGAUGAGGCAUUCGAUCCCCGCAGCAUUCCUCUCCAGCGUUGGGAUGAUUACGCUCUCGCCAACAACCUUCCUGGGCGUCGGGGAGACUAUGGCCUCAGCCAAGAGAAGCUCUACGGCGGUGCCUACAGUGAUGAAGCAGCCAUGGAGAUGGAUGACAUGCAUUCCAUGUAUUCUUCUGUCAAGCCUGCAUCGACCAUCUUGACAGGUUUCCCCGGCCGACACACUAGCGCCUAUAUGCCGCCAGGUUCUCCGGCACCGUUCGCUGGUAACUCUCCAGGGAAUAGAAACUCACGUAUGUCUAGUUUCACGAGGUAUACGGACAAUCCGCAGCACCAUAUGUCUAUGGGCAACCUCAGUGCCUACCAGGAUAGUCCGAUGAAUGCCAGCCGAUAUAGCAUGGGUCUAGGACAGAGCUCAGAGAACCUACUCGGUCCCUCUUCCAGACCAAUCUCUCGGAGUCCGCUUGGCGGAUAUGGUUCCCGGCCUGCUAGCACAGUUCUCGAUUUCCGAGGCGGACCAAUGGGGCCUGAUGAGCCUACUAUCGCCGAGGCGGUUCGGAAUUGUCUGGCUGAGGUUGAUCUGGACCGGGUGACCAAGAAGCAAGUCCGCGUUCUCGUUGAACAACGACUCCAGACAACCCUGACCGGAGAGAAGAGAGCCUUCCUCGACCAGCAGAUUGACCAUGAACUAGCGAACAUGUGA